AUGUGCGUUUCUACUAACUCCAGCUGCUCCGAGAGCGAGGCUCAGUCGACGGGUCACGUGGUGUUGUUCGUGUACAUGCUGCUUCUCUCGAUCGUCAUCCUGCUCGGAAACGCGUUCACGAUCCGGGCCGUGUUUCGACUGCGCAUUCUGCAGACUGAGCCGAACGCGUUCGUCGUGUCGCUAGCGCUCGCCGAUCUGCUGGCGGGAACGCGGGUUCUGUACGAAUCGUUCUGGUACAUCUCGGUGAUCGGCGCCCGCCUGUCGUCGUGCAAGUACUGCUGUCUGCUGUUGUACACCACCUUCAACACCAGCGUGGCGGCGUCCAUGGGCAGUGUCGUCCUCAUAGCCAUAGACCGGUUCAUCUUCAUCGUGCACCCAUUCAGAUACCACCAGCGAAUAGAAACCCGAAGAAAUUCUCUUCUCGCCUGUUCGUGGAUUUUUGCCGUCACCUACGGAACUGUUCCUCUUUACUUUAACAAUUUCGGGUCGUCUGGGCCCUGUGUUUUCAUAAACGUGGUCCCGUAUGUCUAUCAGAUGUAUGGACAGUGUUUGAUGUUCUUCGUUUCUUUUUUAACCGUACUAGUGUUGUAUUGGAGAAUUCUGGCUGUCGCGCGUUUUCAGAUUCGUGCCAUUAAUUCUGCGCCACAGCCCGUUCGCCCCAACUGCGGUUCGUCCAGUACUAGCUGGAACUUGACCAAACUUCCACUGAUGGUGUGCGGUGUAUUUUUCUGCUGCUGGUUCCCGUACAACGUGUGUCUGAUCGUUAAUAACACCGUGGGGAUCGACAACAACGUUAUCAGCUACACUGUGAAUUUUGGCCUUCUUAAUUCAGCGAUAAAUUUCGUGACGUAUGUGUUAAUGAACAGAGGCUUCAGAGAUUACUUCAAGAAAAUAAUAUGUAACAGCAGCAUGCUCACUUGA